GCAGCUCCUGCAGGCAAACUCUGACUCUGCUCUGCUCUCUCUUUCAGCAACGUACCUUAAGGAUGGAUAUAGAAGACUGUAAUGGACGAUCCUACAUAUCUGGCAGCGGGGAUUCCUCUCUGGAGAAGGAGUUCAGCUCGGCCAUCGUGGGAGCUGCGGUGAGCACACCCAACAGCCAGCACUCCUCCCCGAGCCGCUCCCUCAGUGCCAGCUCCAUCAAGGUGGAGAUGUACAGCGAUGAGGAAGGCAGCCGGCUGCUGGCACAGGAAGACCGCAUGCUGGAAAAGGACGACAGCGUCAUCGUGGAGGAUUCUCUCUCCGAGCCUCUGGGUUUCUGUGACGGGCCGGGCCAGGAGCCCCACUCCCCCGGUGGCAUCCGGCUGCCCAACGGCAAGUUGAAGUGUGACGUGUGUGGCAUGGUGUGCAUCGGCCCCAACGUGCUGAUGGUGCACAAGCGCAGCCACACGGGAGAAAGGCCGUUCCACUGCAACCAGUGUGGGGCUUCCUUCACCCAGAAGGGAAACCUCCUUCGUCACAUCAAGCUGCACUCUGGAGAGAAACCCUUCAAGUGUCCCUUCUGCAAUUAUGCCUGCCGUAGGAGGGACGCCCUCACAGGACACCUGAGGACACACUCUGUCUCUUCUCCCACCGUUGGCAAACCCUACAAGUGCAACUACUGCGGCCGCAGCUACAAGCAGCAGAGCACGCUGGAGGAGCACAAGGAGCGCUGCCACAGCUACCUGCAGAGUCUGAGCGCUGAGCCGCAGGCGCUGGCCGGCCAGCAAGGUGAUGAGAUGAGGGACCUGGAGAUCGUGCCGGACUCCCUGCUGCACCCCUCCGCCGACCGGCCGACGUUCAUCGACCGCCUGGCCAACAGCCUCACCAAGAGGAAGCGCUCCACGCCUCAGAAAUUCGUGGGUAAGGGGCUGCUCCCUCCCCAGCCUGGGCAGAUGGGAGAGGGGUCUGGGGGGGCUGAGGCACUGAUGGCUCACGCUCUGUAGUUGGGUGCUGUGGGU